AGUAACCUCUGUGAUCUGUGCUGGCAACAUUUUGACGUUUGCACGUCAGACAAUGUGAGGUUACGGCAGUCCCAUUGUUUUUUCUUUGGUUUUAUAACAGAUCUGCCCCCAAAACAAAUUACCCCUAAUUACUGCUGUCGCUGGCAGUUUCGCUCGAGAAAAGGAUGCGUUGCCCGUCCGCAGUGAUAAGCUUGACUGCCAGUUGUGGUGCAUCGAUCUAGUGUUGUGUCAGUGGAGGCCCCUUCCAAUGCCCCGCAUUGGCAAAAAGGGCGUCCGAUGACUGUUUUGCACCAGAAAACGAUGUGCAAUGAUAUCGAAAAGGACGAGAUCGACCGGCUGCGGUCGCAAGACCGCGCCACUAUCUGCGACAUUGUGGGCUUUGUCGUGUCCAUUAUCAGCCACUUAGCCGAUGUGGUGACCGACUGCAACUUGGCCUACCAGUACUAUUUGAACGACAACAUCGGCUACUUCUUGGCCACUCUGGGCUUCAUCCUAAUCCCGGCUGUAAUCAACACGGGCUUCAGCCUGCGAAUGUACGUGCUGGACCCGGAUAAUAACCAUCGCAGCAAAACGCUGACCAAGAGAUUCACCAAGAGGCGCGUGCUGUGCGUGAUGGUGCUGGUCUUCCAACUGGCCCCAGUCCUCAGGUACUUCGACGCCUUGCAGUACGCCAUCAAGUCGAAAAAGGCUGAACAAUCGGGCGACCAGGAGAACCAGAGGAAGUACUACGAGCUGAUGGUAAAGGAGGACUCGGACGUGGCGCUUCUUCGGGUGCUUGAGUGCUUCUUGGAGGCGGCGCCCCAACAGAUCCUGCAGCUGACCAUCAUUUUUUACACUCAUGGAAAGGACAUCAACAACACCCUCACAUUUGUCCACCAGCUGUUCUCCAUUGGGACUUCCUUUGUCAGCAUGGCCUGGUCGAUGGCUUCCUAUCAGCGCUUGCUGCGCGUCUCGCUGAAGACGAAGCACAACAUUUCCUGGCCCGCCACGAUAGUUCAAUUCAUGUGGCACUUUCUAGUCACCGUUUCCAGGAUUCUGUGCAUCAGCGUCAUUGCCUCCAUCUACCCAGUGCACACGAUCCUGGUUCUUGUCUUCCAUUGGUUCGUUAUGACGAUCUGGCUCUCUGCCACCAGCUCCGAGAACAACUUCUGUGAUCACAACAAACUCUACGACUUCUUGUUUUACUCGAUAUUCGGCGCCGUCUACAUCUUCACUCAGGUGGUGUUGGUGGAGGGCCCCACUUUCCUCAAGUACCUCAUCUUCUACGGCAUGCUCUUCGGGGAAAACACCCUGGCCAAUGUGCUGUGGAUUUGGAGCGCCGGCGACGCCCUCCAAGGCACUCUCUACUACCGCCCCAUCAUCUACCUGAACAUCAUCCCCUUCGUGGUCGGGAUUAUUUUCAUGCUGCUCUACUACAAGGUGUUCCAUCCAAGCACCGGCUACAACAGGCAAAGGGUGGCGGCCAGCAGCAGUUAACACCACGUUAACACUAAUCAGUUGGCGUCGCCGCCAACACAAACCCGCGAAUUUUUCAUGCUCAAUCAAAUUGAAUUAGAGAAGCCGCUGGCGGACUUACAUUUUCAUUUCGUCAACUCUUGCGCUUAUUUCAACGAUUGCGAUAUUUAUUAUCAACGCUCGCCCCACACGAUAUCGAUUAAUAUUUAUUUGUGUAGGUUUAGGAGUGUAUCUUUGGCUGUUGUGAUAUUUUUAGUCUAAUUUAUCCAGUGUUCUUCAGAUAGAUAGAUAGAGAAUUAAGGCGAUUGGGGGCCUUCGAAGCAGAAGCGAAACGCAGUGUGUUCAAAACGCUUCCCGGUUAUUCGAUAGUUAAAUAUAUACAAUAUAUUUUAUAUAAGAACAAAGAUCUACAACAUUUUAUCGAUGCGCAUUGUCGUCUGUAUAACAAGUUUUUUGGAUUUUUCAAUAAAUACCAAUCAGUU